AUGGACCUCACCAUGUUUCCCCAGCCUGGUGGGCUGGCCCUCCUCUGCUUUCUGCUGGGCCUGCAGGGGCCUCCGGCCGCAGUCUUCAUCACCCAGGAGGAAGCCCAAAGCGUCUUACACAGGCAAAGGCGUGCCAACUCGUUCCUGGAGGAGCUGAGGUCAGGCUCCCUGGAGAGAGAGUGCAAGGAGGAGCAGUGUUCCUUCGAGGAAGCCAGGGAGAUCUUCAGGAACCCUGAGAGACUGACGCAGUUCUGGAUUUCUUACAAAGACGAGGACCAGUGUGCCUCAAAUCCAUGCCAGAAUGGAGGCUCCUGUGAGGACAGUCUCCAGUCCUACAUCUGCUUCUGCCCUGAGGGCUUUGAGGGCCGGAACUGCGAGACAAACAAGAACAGCUACCUGAUCUGUGACAAUGACAACGGGGGCUGUGAGCAGUACUGCAGAAACCAUGCAGAGACCAAGCGCUCCUGUUGGUGCCACGAGGGGUACACACUCCAGAACGACAAGGUGUCCUGCGCACCCACAGUUCAAUAUCCAUGUGGGAAAAUACCUGUUCUGGAAAAAAGAAAUGAUAGCCAAGCCCGAGGCCGAAUUGUGGGUGGCAAGGAGUGUCCCAAAGGGGAGUGUCCCUGGCAGGCUGCGCUGAAGCUGAACGGGGAGGUGAUGUGUGGGGGCACCCUGAUUGACUCCAUCUGGGUGGUCUCCGCAGCCCACUGUUUCGACAGAAUUCACAACUGGGGGAACCUGACGGCAGUUGUGGGUGAGCACAACCUGAUAGAGGAGGAUGGCGAUGAGCAGGAGCGGCGAGUCGUUCAGGUCAUUGUCCCCAGCAAGUACGUCAAACGCAGGACUAACCACGACAUUGCCCUGGUCCGCCUGAGCGAGCCUGUGGCCUUCACGGACUACGCAGUGCCCCUCUGCCUGCCCGAGAAGGCCUUCUCCGAGAGGACGCUGGCCUUCAUUCGAUUCUCGUCCGUCAGUGGCUGGGGCAAUCUCCUCGAGAAGGGCGCCAUGUCCCUGGCACUUAUGACCAUUGACGUGCCCAGGAUGAUGACCCAGGACUGCCUGGAGCAGUCUAAGAGGCAGGAGGGCUUCCCAGAGAUUACGGAGAACAUGUUCUGUGCUGGUUACCUAGAUGGGAGCAAGGACGCCUGCAAGGGGGACAGCGGGGGCCCACACGCCACCAAGUUCCAGGGCACAUGGUAUCUAACAGGUGUCGUCAGCUGGGGUGUGGGCUGUGCAGCCAAAGGCCAAGUCGGGGUGUACACCAGGGUCUCCCAGUACAUCGAGUGGCUCUCCAGGCUCAUGAGCUCCAAAGAACACUCAGGAAUCUACCUCCAAGCCCCGUUCCCCUAG